ACAUCCGUUCGAUUUGUGUUGUAAUACAACUUUCCUCGCCUAAAAUAGCGUUUCAAAUCUGACCACCGAUCUGCCUCCUCCCAGAGUCAAACAACAACAGCCGUUGGAUAGCUUUUCUCCUCCUUUAAAUACUUCUCCUAAUCCCAUUCGUUUAUCAUCUCAAAUGUCGGCAUGUUUCUUCCUUUAUAUAUACGCUACCGACCGCUGGCGCCAUAUAGCUCGAUCCCGAGCUUCAAUCUCUCCUCCAUCAGAAUAUGAUCUCGGUUUGAAUCUCCCGAGUUCUGCAGAUGAACCUCUUGGCUAUGGCUUCCCUUCAGCUAAUGUUCCAGCUGCAGCUCCCCUGUUCGAUUCAGCAGCAGGAUUCGAAGUACCGGUAGAUCUGCUGGCGAUACGUCGUCGUCGUCUUGCUUCUGCGAAGGAUGCAUAGAUCUCAACUUAUUGAUGUUGGUUUAUGCCUGUUCCGUUGAGGUAUGUAUGCUUUUCUAUGGAAUUUUUUAGCCUGUUUAUUGGUCCGUUCGUUUUGAUUUUCGUUAAGAGACUUCUUGAUGUGUCUGAUUCAUUCGAAUUCGAUAUGAAUAUUUGAGCUGAAUCAAAUUACCUUGUCGAUUAUAUGGUUGAUUAAUUUUCAUUUGUUAUUGCUAUGUAACGGAUUCGUCUUAGAGAUGCGAAUUAUUCUUUGAUUCUAUUUGCGACGGUCAGGCGGAUCGAUGGGUUAUAUGUUUUUGUUAUCUUUCAGUACUUCAUCCUUCUGCGGUGGCUUCUGGGCAAGUUCGAGGGAGGCGCAAGGAGCUCGGGUUAUGCUGAGAUGGGUGGAUCCGUGUUUUUCAGAUGGUGGUUGCCUUGCGAUAUGUUGAUUGAUGUCCAAUUCGACCAUCUUGGAUCGAGUCAAGCUGGAUGGCCUCACGAGGAUUAUUGCGGUGUAAAAGGGUUGGUAACGUCGUUUAUGUGUAUGUUAUUGUUUGAACUGUUUAUGGUAUAUGUGGUGGUUGGUUAUGGGUGGGAAGGGAAGAGGAUGGAUGACACGAACGGUAAGACAUUAGGGUAUGCUGUUUGAAGCGUUAGUUGUUUGUGCUUGCGAUGUUGUGUCAGUCGGCCUUUGCCAUGAUGGGUGCGCUCGCAUGGCAGGUCACAAAAUCCUAAUAAAAGAGAUGGUUUUUGGGUUUUGGAGGAGGGAGAUGGCACAGGGGUAUUUUUUAUUUAGUGAAGUUUCUUCAGCCCCGGCUCUCCCUCCUCCUCGUGUGUGUGUGUGUGUGUCUGCUCUCUUUUCUCUCCUUUUCCUGUUUCUUGCUCCCUUUCGCUUGCUGCCCACCGGCCACCGUUGCUGUGUCAAUGCACUCGAAUUGUCAAACUCCUCCGCUAGGCAAUCCAGUCAUCAUACGCAUGCAAGCAAUCAAGAUAGUCCUUAAAGGUACAGAUUUCUUCAUCCUUGCCUCCUUAUUUUUCAAUUACCUCUAGUUCAUUUAUAACUAGCAAAUCGACGUCAGAUCUUCUAGUUCAAGUAUUCUGCAUUAGGAGAGAACUUUUUACCGGACUUAAUCGAUUUGCCAGAUAUCUUAAUUACGAUGUCCUUGAGAAAUGUCUGUGGGAUUAGUUAUGCCUCACAGUUCAUUGAGUUGGGCUGAUAAAAUUCACUUUCUACACCGGCAAAGUGACGCGGUAGUUAAUCAAUCGGGUUAGGGUGAAUAAAUUUACCUUCUACAUUUAAACGUAGUUGAGAUACAGUGGUUCAUCCAUUUUUUCGUCCAACUUUGACGUAUGGUAUCCACACCUACCUGAGUUGGAUGUCGGCAGGAUUAUUUGUUUCCGCUAUGAAGAGCCACAACAACUUUGCACUAGUUCCCCCACUUACCUUCCCAAAAUUAUGGACGAGAGAACUUGUGCCACCAAAACAAUGUUCAACCACUGGUGCUUUUCAGUAGCUAUAGCUGUCAUUGGUUUCUUGCUUUCUAUUGGUCUUCAGUUUCAUUGAUCUCUCUGGUUUAUUUUGCUUCGACUUUUUCUGCUAUUUAGUUUAAUUGCCCCAUUUACUAUGUUAGUAUGGGUGGUUGGGGGUGGGGGGAGCUGUAAUAUCUAUAAGUUGACGUGAUGUAGCACGGUGAAGAAAGUGCAUGUGUUUGUACUGGUUGCCUUUUGAAGGCCCGUUCAACUAGGUUGUAAAAGGGAUUGCAAACUGGUUUUGGGCACUCUGGCGAGAUGCUGCUGCUUCUCCAUGUUGGGUAUGGAGGAUCCUUUAGCUGCUGCUGCUGGAUACUGAAGUGAGAUCUGUAUCAGACUCUCAGUUGUAGUCAUUAUGGUGAGAUGUUCAUUAUGCUUCUCAUCUUCUUAGUACUUUGCUUGGCCGUAAUGGAAUUUAUUUCAGAUGUACUGAUUGUCGGUUCGAUUGCAACACAGUGAAGAAAGUGCAUGUGUUUGUACUGGUUGCCUUUUGAAGGCCUGUUCAACUAGGUUGUAAAAGGGAUUUCAAACUGAUUUUGGGCACUGGAGAUGCUGCUGCUUCUCCAUGUUGGGUACGGAGGAUCCUUUAGCUGCUGGUGCUGGAUACUGAAGUGAGAUCUGUAUCAGACUAUCAGUUGUAGUCAUUAUGGUGAGAUGUUCAUUAUGAUUCUCAUCUUCUUAGUACUUUGCUUCGCCGUUAAUGGAAUUUAUUUCAGAUGUACUGAUUGUUUGUUUGAUUGCAACACAGGGGAACAUGACCUAUACUUGGUUUCUGUGCUGAGCCGGCGGAUCGUACUAUCAAAUGCCGACAGAAUGCAAAUCUUUUUGCCGUUGAUCCUAUGAACUUUUGAAUUCGGUCUGCGAAGGUGCUGUCUACGAAUCUGUUAAAGCUGGAUGGGUUUGAAGCCCUAGGAAAGGUUGUCUCCCAGCACAAUGUAGUGUAUUUAGUCAUCUUACUUUCAGUUCUUCGGUCAUCUGGUUCGGAGAUAUCUGCUAGUGGCAUGCGUCCAACUAUCUAUGCCGACAGAGCGCAAUUGUUCCUGCUGUGAUUGUAUGAAUUUUUGAAUUCAGACGGGCAAGCUGUUUUCUGCGAAUCUGUAAGAGCUGGAUGGUUUUGAAGCUCUUGGCAAGGUUGUCUCCCAGCAAAGUGCGGUCUAUUUAGUGAUGUUACUUCACUUCUCCGGUCAUGUAGUCUGGAGAUAGCUGCUAGUGGCAUGCGUCCAUCUAUGAGUAUUGGCAGUCAUUUGUAAGUCUUCAAAUCAGAAUCUUGACCCCUGCUGGGUGUGAGUCUUGUUUAGUCCAUUCAUUGGCUUCACAAUUCGGGGAAAAUCACAUGUUCCAGAAUCAUUCUUGUUGUAGCAUAUACCCUCAUAUGAGAUUCCUCUCUGAAAGUUCUCCAGUAAUUUUACCUCGUGGGUUGAGCGCAUUAGCAUUUGACUUGAUGAUUAGUUUACUCCAUUGUUUCUGAUUGUCAGUACUAGAGUAUAUUUGUGUAUCAGUGUUUUUCAAGUAGGAUGAAACUGCGACUCGCUAAUGUCAUGGGGGGCUUGUUUUAGCUGGUUGUUUGGCCAGGUCAAUGCAUUGUUUUCCUAGCUCGUCCUUCCAUCUGUUUUUACUUGAUGAUCAGUUCAUUUUGUCAGUAGACUUGGAGUAUAAUUGUGUACCAUUUCACGUCAGGUUGAAUCUGCCACUCACUAAUGUCAUCAGGAUUGUCGGGGGUUUGUUUUAGCUGUAUGUUAGGCCAGGUCAAUGCAUUGUUUUCCUAGCUCGUCCUACCAUCUGUUUGUACUUGAUGAUUAGUUCAUUCCAUUGUUUCUGAUUGUCAGUAGCCUAGACUACAUAAUUGUGUACCAGUUUUUCCAAGUCGGUUGAAGCUGCAACUCAAAAACGUCAUCAGGAUCGUGGGGGUUUGUUUUAGCUGGUUGUUCAGCCAGGUCAAUGCAUUGUUUUCCUGGCUCGUCCUUCCUUCCAUAUUUGUGUUUUUAUUAGUUUGCCUAUCUGGUUGGUAGGCUAGAAUGAUAUUAGGAUCCUGUAGCAGGAGUCUGGUUUUCCUGUGCCAUUUCCUUCUUCGUAUUUCUGAAAAUGGCAGUCUCGUUCUCUCCCGGGUAUUCGAGGGCAUGGCGUCGAGGAGUUGUGAUUUCUGAUUUGAUGAGGACACUGAAUGUUUGGAGCGGUUAGAUGUUGGCUUGGGCUGGAACCACAGGUGAGCAAAGAUGAUGGAUUGUUGUAUGUGCCUAUCAGUUGCACAGGUGGGCAGGUUGCAAAGAAGAAUUUCUGCCAGCACCAAAGCGACAUUUAUGUCAAUGAAUCUGGGAACGAGCUGUAUGACUUGCGAGUGAUGGAUCCAUUAGCUCAAAAUGGAUAGAGCGUCCAAAGCCUGAACUUUUCUAAGGCUUUGGGAGGAUGGUGGUUCGAAUCCACCUGGUUCCUGUUCCCUACUCUUCUUCUGUAUGUGUUUGUUUGCUUUCUGACAAUGUGGUUUCUCUGUUUCUUUGAUUUCCUUUUGUCUUUGUAGCAACUUGAUCUGCAGAAACAGAAAAUGGCUUGUGGAAUGACAGUGGAAGGCGGGAAGUGAGGUUCUCUUCCCUUCCCUCUUCCGGCCGGCAGGUGAGUUGUUGGUGCUUUGUUGCCGCCGGAUCACGGAUUGUUGGAGUCGUUGGUGCUCUCCGACAACGACAGUCCGCAGUCUGUAACUUCUUUAGAGUUCAGCUUUCGGCUACGGCUUCGCUUUCGUUCACUACUUUCUUCCCCCAUUUCUCUGUUCUCCUGCUGGCUUUUUCAUUUCAGUAGUCUCUUUUGGGAUAUUUUCUUCGUUGUGGAAUGGUGUGGUGCUGCCGUGCCCACUUGGGUGUAAAAAUAAACGCAUGUCACCUUCCGAUAAUAGGGGCCAAUUGUAGUUUUAGGGCUUGUUUUUUAGUUUAUUAAUAAAGAUAUUCGAAAUGU